AUGUCAUCUGCACCUCCCAAGGUCGAUCCCACCGUCAUCCCUAAUGUCGUACAAUACGAUCAGUUCGCGAGGGAAUGGCAGCAGAUACUCAAUCAGGACAACUUUGAUGGUUUCCGCAUUGAGGCUGGCAAGACUGUGACGAAGAACAUGCAGGCCAACCACUCUCUUUUCUUGGGCACAUCUCUGAGCCCGAACCAGUACCUCUAUCAGUUUGGUCCGACGUAUGCUACGGAUGAUGGGCGCACUGUUAUGGUGGGCAGGCUGGGGAUGGACGGCGGUGUUAACGCUCGGCUGAUGAAGAAACUUUUCAAGGGCACUGAUUUGAAGAUCAACGCCAACUCGAACCUCCACGACCCUCAGAGGAACAUGUACGAGUUCACUGUGGAUCAGCAAGGGGAGGAUUGGGCAGCUAGUGCUAAGCUGGCCUAUCAGGGGACCUGGAUAUCCAAUGUCAGCUUUGCCCAAGAGGUCACCAACAACCUCUCGUUGGGUGGAGAGCUGACUCAUGUCGCAGUUAAUGGUGUGUCUAUUGGAGGCUUGGGAGCUCGUUAUGUAUGGGGCCCUAACUACUUGAGCUUCGCCUUGGGCCGACAACCUGAUUUCAAACAGGGGCCGCAGGCUAAUGUACACUCUGCUAAGAUGCAGUAUGUGCGUAAGGUGUCUGACAGGCUGGCGAUUGGUAGUGAGUUCGAGUAUAGUCAACCUGAGCAGGAGAGUCAGCUGCGUCUGGGCUAUGAGUACACCUUUCGUCACGCUAGAGUUCAGGGCUUGUUGGACACCUGUGGAAAGGUCUCGUGCUUCGUCCAGGACUUCAUGGGCUUUGGCAUCAGCGGUAUGGUAGAUUUUGUGAAGGGCGACUAUCGAUUCGGUUUCAUGAUGCAUAUGGUGCCCCAGCCGGAAGAUGCAGCAGCGGCUGGUGGGGCUCCUACUUCUGCGUGA